AUGGCGCCCAAAAAGAACAAAUACUCGGUAAUACUACCAACCUACAAUGAACGCCAGAACCUCCCCAUCCUGGUGCAGAUGCUCGACGAUGUAUUCAAGAAGGAAAAGAUCGACUACGAAAUCAUAAUCGUCGACGACGCCUCCCCCGACGGCACCCUCGACCGCGCCAAACAACUCCAAAAAGCUUUCGGCUCCUCGCAUAUCAUCCUCAAGCCCCGCGCCGGCAAGCUCGGCCUGGGCACCGCCUACGUGCACGGCCUACAGUUCGUGACCGGCACGCACGUCAUCAUCAUGGAUGCCGACUUCUCUCACCAUCCGAAGUUCAUCCCGCACUUCAUCAAGAUCCAGGAGGAAACGAAUUGCGAUAUUGUAACGGGGACACGGUAUCGAAGCAAUAGGGGACUGAUCGGGGGUGUAUAUGGAUGGGACGCGAAGCGGAAGUUGACGAGUUGUGGAGCGAAUAUUCUGGCGGAUUUCUUGUUGGCGCCGGGCGUGAGUGAUCUGACGGGGAGUUUCAGGUUGUAUAAGAAGGAGGCGCUGGUCAAGGUUAUUGAGACGACAGAGUCAAAAGGGUAUACAUUUCAGAUGGAGAUGAUGACGAGGGCCAAGGCUAUGGGAAUGAAGGUCGAGGAGUGCCCGAUUACGUUUGUAGAUCGGUUGUAUGGUGAUAGUAAGCUUGGUGGUGAGGAGAUCGCAGAAUACCUCAAAGGCUUGUUAUGGCUGUGGUGGACAGUCUAG